AUGAAUAGUGGUGCAAGUCCAGUGCCUUCUGAUGAAGACGAUGUGCGGGGUCAAAUGCUGUCAAGUGCGGAUGAAGGGAACCUGGGUUCGACCGGGAAAUUUAAUACCUUGGAUGAACCCGUCAAAGCUACUCUGAUGAGAGAUGUUCAUGCUGUUGGACAAAGAUUCAAGCAUGUUUUUCGGGUGGAUGACAAGAAAUUCCUGGUCAAAGAUUGGGAUCUUUGGGGACCUCUCAUUUUGUGCACCAUCAUGGCAAUUUUGCUGGAGGGCCAAGAUGUUGUAGUUCAAGAAAGAAAAUAUGAUGGUGGACCCGAGUUUGCAGAAGUGUUCCUACUUGUCUGGGGUGGAGCCCUGGUGGUCACUGUGAACUCACACUUCCUGGGAGGCAAAUUAUCUUAUUUUCAGAGCGUGUGUAUCAUCGGCUAUUGCCUACUUCCACUUUCAAUUUCAUUGCUCCUCUGUCGGAUCGUGCUUUUUUUCAAGCAGUCAACUUUCACAUUCUUUUUGAGACUGCUUUCAACAAUGACUGGAUUGACGUAUGCUGUUUACGCUUCCUACGAGUUCAUGGGCUCCAGCUUGGCUAAGGGCAAGAAAGCAUUGGCUUUGUAUCCGGUCUUCCUGUUUUACUUCAUCAUUUCCUGGAUGGUGAUCUCUACAAAUUGAUUGAAAGACCUGCUGAGAAAAGUUUGAAAUUUGUUGGGAAGGCCUUGUGAUCCGAUUUUGGUUGUGCACCUAUUUUUGGAAAAACACCCGAUUGAAUUUUAUUGAAAUAUCUGUGAGUGAUGAUCUGUUGAUGGAAGUCUAUGUUAUAGACGAUUUUUCAUGCACAUGUGCUGCAAUUGUGGUUGUGAUUUGGAACAAAAAUGCUGUGGUGCUUGUGGUACAAUUGUUUCAGGGAUGACGGGGGUUCUGUGUGGCACGAAUAAAUCACGGUGAUUAUUCCCUCAUA